CACAUGGUUGUGAUCGAGGACAUAUAAAUACGUUUGGUAAAUAUCACAUGGUUAUGAGGACAUAUAAAUAUGUUUGGUACCCACCCUACGCCGUCAAUGAACAAGAUAAUUUACAAUGAGGAGUACAUACGGUCUACUUGUGCUCGUAAUUCGUCUGCCUCUCGCCUUGGGUCGCAGUGACGAAGGCUGUUGUGGGGAAACAACAUCCGGCGCAUGCUCAAAAUGCUGUAUGAGCUACUACCUCCUCUCCGGAACUUGCCAUGCUUGUCUAGGCCAUUGGGGAAUCAACUGUUCCUCUCCUUGCAGUUAUCCUUAUUAUGGCCCUAUGUGUAUAGAGAAGUGUCACUGUGACGAAAAUCUUUGUCACAGAAUCACAGGCUGUCCGAGGGAAAAAAACAUAUACAAACAUACAAAUGACCAAUCGGCGUCCAAUUCUAUAGACAAUUCUCAUCUACAAGUGGUGUUUAUAGUUGGAGGCAGCGCACUCGGAUUUUGUAUUUUAACUAUAGUAGUACUUUUAAUCAUGUUAUUCCGAAGGAAACAAAUCUACCAUGUUCCGGAUGUCAAUACUCAAGAAUUACAGCUGUCACAUAAUUAUGUUGAAAACCUAGAGGAGAACACACUUCCGGUAAAAAUGAACAAGUACCGGGAUAUCAAAAGUGUUAUGGGGAAAUUAUCAGACAACCAAACCUAUGAAGAGAUACAAGACUAUAUGUAUAUGUCCAUGGAUGCAAAUAUUGAAAAAGAUGGCCUUGAAAGCCAUGAGACGAAUAUAUAAAUAUGAUAUAACAUUACCAGGAGCUUACCGCCUGCUCUCUAUACGAGGGAAGCGAUGAAAGAAAGGAUUGUCCGCUUAGUAAAAGACAGAAUUAUGAAAAGCUGAGUGAUAGCUUGCAUGUCUCUCAGAUAUCAGAGAAAAAUUGAAUGUAUCUUGAAUAAAUAGACGUCAUUGAGUAUCUUAAUAAAAUAGUUACAAAAA